AUGCUGUGCCACUGCGAUCCUUCUGCACUGUGGGGAGCCCCUCUGUGCGCCUCAUUCGGGGCUGGUUUGCCUCCAUCUUUCUCCCGUCCUCCUCGCAUAGGUGCAGCCAACGUGGGUCCGGGGCCUGGCCCUCAGAGGCAGGGUCUGGGGGCUCUGCCCGGGGUGGGGCAUGGGAUCAGGUGGGCCCCCCCACCACCACCGAGGCAGGUGGGCGUGGAAGCAGCCCCACCCAGUCCCCACCCCCAUCUGUCCAAACUUCCCUCUUUGCUACUUCUCCUCCUCUCGCCUGGCUGCCCAGUGGUGCUGAAGGGGCCAUGUCCAUCUUUGGGCAGACACCGUCUCUCCUGGUCACUUGACUGUUUCCAGUUCACCUCUGUGUUUGAGGGACAGCCUGUGUGCAGCUUCACAUCUAGUGUCUUCGUGGAACCACCUGGAAGCUUGGAGGGUGGGGAAUAA